AGGAGGCGCGUGUUUGUUGUUGUAGCCGGUGAAGGAGCAGUGUGAGCCGGAUGAGAGGAGAGGAGAGAGAGGGUCCUACACCGCUUACAGAGGAGCUGUCAGAGAGACAGGUGGACUUUAUCUGUCCCCAGGAGAAGGACACAGUGGAGGGGACACAUUAUCAACAUCAUCUCCAUCGGUGUCUCAUUAGAGAGACUUCUCAGACAUCAUGACUUCAGUGUGGAAGCGGCUGCAAAGGGCCGGAAAGAAAGCGAGCAAGUUCCAGUUCGCUGCUUCAUUUCAAGAGCUGAUGAUAGAGUGCAACAAUAAAUGGCAACCAGACAAACUGAGAGUGGUGUGGAUCAGGAGAAACAGACGUCACAGCACGAAGCUCCACAGCUGGCAGCCUGGGAUCAAAAACCCCUACAGAGGCAUGGUGCUUUGGCAGGUUCCAGAGAGUUUAGACAUCACUGUCACACUCUUCAAGGACCCUACUGCAGAGGAGUUUGAAGACAAGGAGUGGACUUUUGUCAUUGAAAAUGAGACGAAAGGCCGUAGGAAGGUGUUGGCAUCAGCAGAUGUCAAUAUGAAGAAGUUUGCCAGUGCCACGCCGGCCCAGUAUGACGUAACGCUGAAGCUCAAACCGCUGUCUGUCAAAGUGGUGGAAGCCACGCUGAAACUGAACUUGUCUUGUGUCUUUCUGAAAGAGGGCAAGGCCACAGAUGAGGACAUGCAGAGUCUGGCCAGUCUAUUGAGUAUGAAACAGAGUGACAUUGGAAACCUGGAUGACUUCGUUGACAGCGAUGAUGAAGGCGGUGAGGAGAGGAGGGCCAGCUUCGGACCAGCUACUGCUGUUUCUGCCUCUGCCUCCUCUAUCAUGAGAGUACAUGACCUGGCUUGGAGGCCUGCAAUAGAAUCAGGCCCCACAGUAACCUCAGAGAUGGAUUGGAAAACUGGCAUUUCCUCCACCAUCUCGGUCUCAUCUCGUCCUCCUCAGCCCGAACCCCCAGACCCCUCUGUUCCAUCCUCUUUACGCACGCGACCACCGAGCAUUACCCAGCAGGCUCGGCCCACCCCCUAUGCCUACACAUUGCCAGCCUUUACACGUGCUCACCCUCCUGCGCUUCCCAAAAUCUUCCAGCCCGGUGCCGGAUCAGUGCCCAUUUCAGCUCCUCGAAGGCCCCAUAGCUUCCACAGUGACUCCUCUCCAGCUGAGGGCUUGGAGGCUUUCGCUUCCUUCGUCCCUUCUAAAGCCAUCUCCGUCUCUACUCUCUCUUCUUCACCCCCCCUUGAUCCAUCUCUCCAUACUUUCUCUGAUACCUCGCAAGCAGCCUGGAAAACACAGAGUAUACCUUCCUUUUCUUCUGUGUCCUCCUCCUCCUCCUCAUCUUCAGCUCCUCUCAGCUCCUUCCCUCUCAUACUUCCACCGCCUCCUGCUUCCAGACAGCCCAAAACUCGCCUCACCAGGCCCACCAGCCUGCCAUCUGGCCCUGAGACAGCCUCCUGGCAGAGUGAAUGGAGGCCUCCUAAAUCUCAGGCCCCUCUAGCACAGCCGGCCUACUCUCCUAAGUUUCUGCAUCUCUCUGCCAAUGAUCCCGGACAGCCCGCAGCGCUGCAGAAACAGCAGAUAGAGACGCCAUCGUCAGUCUCUCUGCCCACUGGUCAGUCUUUGGAGCAGAAACCUCAGGGAGGGUCUGGAUAUGUUCCUUCCUGGAGACCCCAGGUCACCCCUACAGUAGAGACGCCCUCACCUCCUUCUUUAAGUUCUUCCUCUGCUCUUGUGCUCUUCGGGUCUUCUCCUCCUCCUCCUCCUCCUCCUUCUCAGCCUCAUAUAUCCCAAACUGCCACAACCUUCCACGUUGACGAAGAAGCAGAAUUCAAAAGACAGUUGAGCACGCUGAGUGAAGAGGACAACCAGAAUACAUCACCUACAACUCCUGAUCCCAGAGCGCCGGCCAGUCAGUCGUCCAGGGCUUCAGAGUGGAAAAGAGAUGCACAUUUUGGAGUUGAGGUUUUUAAGGCAUCAGCAGGACCUGAGAGCAUGGCCUCUCUUCUGCCCCUUAGCCCCAGAACACCCGUAGCCGCAGGGCUCAAUUAUUUUGAGAUGCCAAAAACACAGAUGGAUCAAACAGAAUCAAGGCCAACAAGGACAUUCCCGAACAGUCAACCAACACUUCCUCCCUUCAGUUCUGCACCUAAGCAAAACCAGGAGCUUCUGGUUCAACCAAGAAGUCACUUGUCCAAGAUGACCAUUCAGUUAGGGAAUCCAGUAGCCCAACCAGAGCCUGUUCAAUACAAACCCCUUUCUCCUAGCAACCCCCAACCUACUUCCAGAUCACUCCAGGGACCUUUGUUGCACUUGCCUCAAAUUGCUAAAACCUCUGACACAAAACCGAUAGGAGUGGCCCAUAAAAAAGAAGCUGUAACUAUGGAUUUGGGAAAUGAGGGCAUGGCUGCCUCAGUGUCAUCUUGUCUUGGAGAUGCCAAUUCUGCUUUUCCUCCAAUGAUGAUGAACAAAACACCCGAAGUUCAGUCUGGAGAACAGGCCAUUGCGAAAACCACACAGUGGGAGAAGCCACAAAGAGACACUCAAAAAAUAAGCCCUGAUCUUCUGAUACCUGUUAUGGAUAAGAAACCCAUAUGCAACAUGACUGCCACAGACCAAGUCACUUCAAGAUUGGACUCUGACUUUGGGUAUCUCUCAGCACAAAAGGCCACAACGGACAAUUUAUUAAAAUCAAGAGAAGAAUUGGAAGUGGAUUUUGCAUUGUCUUCCACAAAAAGCUUUGAUGGUUUGGACCCAGAACAUUGUAUGGAGAAAAGGGGAACUGAAAAUGUGGCUUUGUCUAUGGAUAAGAGGCCGUGGUGUGAAAGAGAUAGGAGUGUUACACAGGAACUUGUGUUAUCAAGCACUGCAGUCAGUAUGGAAGAAAAGUGUGUCUACACAUCUAAGGUGGAACUUAGUCCAUCGUGUACAACGUUGAGUUCUAUUUCUCAUUCACCAUCCACUUUACUGCCUGAAGCUCAGAUUGAAGGAACAGUGGGGGUGCCAAGUAUGACUAAGUUACAAUCAACCUGCCCACAAUAUUCCAAGAUUCCUGGAAUGCCAUCUUUACAUCAGUCACAAGUUAUAGCUUGGCCUGAUGAUAGGAGGUUAUUGUUUCAGAAGUUACCCAGCAACAGAUUUCCUUUAAUCGUGUAUUCAGAUUAUGCAAGCUCCCUUUAUGAGGGUAGGACAGGAAUUGCAAAAAUGGUGGACUUAACACCAUCCUGCUCGAGGUCUGCCAGUAUUCCUGGAUUCCCAUCUGCUUUGAAACGCGAGCCAAAUAUGACUUGUCUUUUACCUACAUGUCCCAGAAUUUGCAGGGUUCCAGGGUUAGCUUCUGCUGGAUCAGUAACUGGAUAUGAAAAGAUUGUUUGGGACAGAUGUUCUCUGUGGAAGAAACCAUUGGAGGUAAAAGAAGCAUUUGUUUCGCACAUGUCUUGUGUUCAGGAACAAGCUGUUAGUGAUACUAAUAUGAUUAAAGUCAUGGUGGCCAUGUUGCCAACAUGUCCUAGAAAGGCCAGUGUCCCAGGGUUUCCUUCAGCACCAUUGCAGAAGGCUUCAAAUACUCCAUGUAUGGCCAGUCUUCUCCCUACAUGCCCUAAACAGACAAUGGUUGCAGGUAUGCCAGGUAGACAAAGCGUUAUGGCAUAUAAUGAGAGCUGGCAUAUUUUGAGGGAAUUCAUUUCAGUUAGAGCAUUGAGAAGUAAUCCUGUUCUGGUUCAGGAAAAGUCACAUGGGGAUAAAGAACACAUAAAACAUAUGGUAGAUAUGUUACCAUCUUGUCCCUGGAAGGAAACCAUCCCUGGUUUUCCCUCUGCGCCAAGAAAAGAACCAAGUGUGCCUGAUGUUCUGUUUGCACCAAGCCACGAUCCUAGCAUGGCAGAUGUUUUGCCUACUUGCCCAAGAAAAGACAGAGUCAUUGGUUUACCCUCUAAGGAGCCAGUUAGUGCUCAAUGUGAGGGUUUGGAUAUAACCAGGUACAUUUUAAUGGAGAACACCUUGAGUAAAGGUGAAGCCUUUGUUCCAGAUAGUUCCCCAAGUGCUGCUCAGGAUCUAGACAAAGGUGAAAUGUUCGAUUCAGUGGCAAUGUUGCCCUCGGGCCCUGUGAGAACUUGUCUUGUGGGUAUGCCCACAGAUCCCCAGAAGUUGUUACCAAGUAUUGUCAGUCUUGUACAUAUAUGCCCUAAACAGACCCAAACUCCUGGUAUGCCAUCUCAAGAUCAAAACAAUUCAGCGAACAAAGAUUGGCAUGCCUUGAGGCGAUUUAUUAACAGGAGACCAGAGAAGAAAACACAAGCUCACAUUGUUCAGUGGAUACCGAAAGACACAGAAAUCUCUAAAAAUAUGGUAGAUAUGUUGAUAAGUUGCCCACAAAAAGCCAAAGUUUUUGGCCUACCCUCUGCUCCACGACAAGAACCCAGUAUGGUUAAUAUAAUGCCUUCGUGCCCAAUACAUAGUGGAAUCCCUGGUUGGCCUUCAAAGACUGGACAAAAACUAUGUUUGUCCAGCCGCAAUGUAUGGUUGGCUUCUAAAACCUUACAGUGGGAGAAUCCAUUUAUCAAAAAGGAAGUGCAGAUUCUAAAUGCAGAUUUGUGUUUUGAUAAGAUCACUGCUGAACGUAUGAGUGCAAUACUACUCUCUUGCCCCGAGAAUGCUAGUGUCCCCGGGUUUCCCUCUGCUCUGACACGGACAUUGGCAGAUGGCCCAACUAUGGUGAAUUUAUUGCCUAGUUGUACAAAGGAAUCUAGAGUUCCUGGAAUGCCACUUAGAGACACCACCAAACAAUCACAGUGGCUAAUGGAAAGUAAGCCGCUGCUACUCCCUAGGGAGAAGUCUGCAGUUACAUUACAUUUACAGGAUGUUAAUGUGUUCUAUUCUGAAUGUGAUAUGAUCACAAAUAUGGUAUCAAUAUUGCCGUCCUGCCCACAGACAGCCUGUUUACCUGGCUUUCCAUCAGUACCAUGUCAGGUGUUAGCAGAUAUACCAAGUAUGAUCAAUCUGUUGCCUACUUGUCCAAGACAAUCCAGAGUAUGUGGAAUACCCUCUAGAUUCUACAGUGAUUCUGAUGAGACCGAAUGGAGUGUGGACAAAAGGCCAGUAUGGGAAAGGAUAUUAAGAAACCCAGGGAGACUGUCAGUAAUACACGACCAUAAGAUGUAUUUUAGAGAAAAGGCAUUGGUUAGCAUUAUGGUAUCAAUGUUGCCAUCCUGCCCACAGACAGCCUGUUUACCUGGCUUUCCAUCAGUACCAUGUCAGGUGUUAGCAGAUAUACCAAGUAUGAUCAAUCUGUUGCCUACUUGUCCAAGACAAUCCAGAGUAUGUGGAAUACCCUCUAGAUUCUACAGUGAUUCUGAUGAGACCGAAUGGAGUGUGGACAAAAGGCCAGUAUGGGAAAGGAUAUUAAGAAACCCAGGGAGACUGUCAGUAAUACACGACCAUAAGAUGUAUUUUAGAGAAAAGGCAUUGGUUAGCAUUAUGGUAUCAAUGUUGCAAUCCUGCCCACAGACAGCCUGUUUACCUGGCUUUCCAUCAGUACCAUGUCAGGUGUUAGCAGAUAUACCAAGUAUGAUCAAUCUGUUGCAUACUUGUCCAAGACAAUCCAGAGUAUGUGGAAUACCCUCUAGAUUCUACAGUGAUUCUGAUGAGGCCGAAUGGAGUGUGGACAAAAGGCCAGUAUGGGAAAGGAUAUUAAGAAACCCAGGGAGACUGUCAGUAAUACACGACCAUAAGAUGUAUUUCAGAGAAAAGGCAUUGGUUAGCAUUAUGGUAUCAAUGUUGCCAUCCUGUCCAAAACACUCAUUUAUUCCCGGAAUUCCCUCUAAGGCAGGAGAGAGACCCGUGGAAGCUGUGAUGAAAGAGGCCCCCAGCAUGUUAAAAUCUGUAGCCACUUUCCCAAAACACAGUAAAAUUCCAGGUCUACCUGCAAGGAAUAGUGCAAAAGAUUCUGAUGGCUGGUAUGUGGAUAAGGAUGUAGUUUUGGGAAACCAAUUCAAUAAAAGAUAUGGAGUUGUCCACCAAGAUUUUACAGUUAAAGAAACGUCAUAUAGGGACAAAGAAAUAAUGCUGAGUAUGCUUCCAUCAUGUCCACGACAAGCCCUGAACCCUGGAUUUCCAUCUGCUCCAAGACCCCAAGAUGUUGUUGCAAUUGUGGAAAAACAUCCAGACAUGGUACGGUUGCUGCCAUGUUGCCCACGGCAGUCCAGUAUCAUUGGUUUCCCCUCAAGAGUGUCAAUUAUUUCUGAUUCUAAUGUAGAGGGCUGGCCAGUGAUGAUAAAGGCGCAAGGCUGCUGUCCAAUUUACACAAAGUAUAGAUCUCCUCACAAAGAUAUGAUAAUGGCGAGUCUUUCUCUUGAACCUUCUUGUCCAAACAUUGCUCUCAGUUCUGGCUUCACAGCAGUUCCACCGCCUGAUGUAGACCAGCUUCCGAAUAUGGUAAAUAUUGUACCAUCUUGCCCAAAGAAAGCCUCUAUUUUUGGAGUACCAUCAACACAUGUGGACCAUUCAGAACAGGGAUGGCCAGGAACCAAAAUAAUUGGAAAGGAAAGAGAAAACCAGCGGCCACUUGAAGAUCCUAUUUGUAAGGAUUCUGUCAGAAAGAGAUCCAAACAGUUUAUAUUCCCUAGCCAAGAUAUACCAGAUGAUGUACACCAAAGAAUGACAAUUGAAUCAUCAACCUGUCCAAUCGAGGCCAUUGUCAAAGAGUUACCAUCAUCACAUUCUGAAAUCCAAGUGGACCAUUCAUCACCACCAUCCUCCAGAGUUAAUGGGAUUGAGAUGUUAUUGGAUGAGGCCGGUCCAACCAGAUUAGAUCUUGACACAAAGAAAACAAAAUCUGAUGUAUGCUCAGCUUUGGAGAGACAUAAGGAUGAAUCUGGCUUUUGGAUGCCGAUUGAGGCUGAAGAAAUAGCUGUUCUAGAAAAAGGAAACUUGCAUUGCAGAAUGUGGCACUCCAUUCCUGACAUGCCACUAUUCUUGAGUGUUAGGAAGAGCCCCUGGGGUCAAAAGGAUGCUCAAGAAACACAGAUAUCAAUGUAUGAGAAGGGCAAAGAAGCAGAGUCUGCUGUAGUAACUGUGGAGGAUCAUGGUUUCAUGCCCUUAGAAGAGUCAGAUAAGACUUUGUCAGUAGAGUUAAUGGACGUCAGUACUACACCUUAUGACAGUGUGGAUCAAGGGUCCGUUAGAUACUCUGAGAGUGGACAUGAAAACACGGUUUCACCACAGCCAUCAUGCCCAAUUGUUGCUGGUGCAGCAGAACUCCCAUCCCAAACCCAAAUAAAUAAUGCUGAGCAGCAGUUACAAAAACACCCCACAAACAGGACCAUACUAUGGGAGGAGCUACCAAAGGCGACUACAAUAAAAUGUCCCACAGACAAGACUAUACUAUGGGCGGAGCUGCCAAAGGUGACUACAGAGGUAACGAGAAACGAGGUAACUAGAAAGGCAUCAGAGGAAGAAAUGGAAUUUAUAAAAGAAAUGGCCAGUCUCUCUUCCAUGUUACUCAUUGGUGAUGAAAUGACGACAGAUACAGAAGCUGGGAUGACAGAUCUAUCGCCGAUAUCCCCUACAGUUAGUGGCGUAUUUGAAUUCGCUAUUACUGCUAGACAAACUGAUGAAUGCCUUCUGGAUAGCAAGUCUACUUGGGACACGCCAUCAAAGGAUAAUGAAAUGGUGGAUAAAAAGUCUUCCCACCCUCGCGAACAAUGUGUGCCAUAUUAUAUGGAGCCUGAAAUUGAGUACAAACAGUCCACUUUCUUGGAAGUCUGUCCCAGUGUGACAAACAUUGCUGGCAUGCCAUCCAAAUUCCCUGUAAAAGAAAAACACUGGCUUAUAGAUCAAAAGCCAAUCUGGGAGAGACAAUCAAAAAUGAAGGAAACGUUACCACCAUAUGCAUUAAAGGAUAAUGAAAAGAACAAGAAGGAAAUGGUUUUACUGGUACCCUCUUGUCCCAGAGAGGCUAUAAAUCCAGGGUUUCCGUCUGCACCACAACACAGUUCAGUUUUUUAUGGAUCAAAUAUGGUGGAUAUUUAUCCCAGUUGUCCAAGUGUAUCCACUAUACCUGGUUCACCAUCUAUCAGUGAAGACAAUAACAGAUCAUGGGUAUCUCAACAGGAACCACUUUUGGAGAAGAAAAUGAAAACUGAACUUGUUGUCAUGACAGCGUCACCAAAAGAGAAGGAAGACAUUACACUAAUGGGAGCUUUGGUACCAACUUGCCCAAAACAUUCUUGCAUACCAGGCAUCCCAUCACUUCCACAACCUACUAUAGCACAUCAUGGAUCAGAUAUGAUGAGCCUUUUAAGCUCUUGCCCCAAAACCUCUUGUAUUGAAGGUGUUCCAUCAUUAAUGGAACAAUUUAGCAAAAGCUGGGCUACAGAUUACAAACCCGUUGGACAAACACAGCCAAAAAUCAACAUGACGAUGAUUCAAGAGACACCUCACAAUGAUGACAUGAGGGCCAUGUCAGCUUUAGCCCUAACUUGUCCAAAAGAAGCUUGUAUCCCUGGAUUUCCAUCUGCUCUGAAACCUACAGUAAGAUAUAAUGGGGUCAAUCUCCUUCCAUCUUGCCCGGCCACCUCAAGAAUGGCUGGUUUUCCUUCGAUGCAGAAAGCUGACAGCAAAGACUGGAACACUAUUCAUCAGCCAUUGUGGGAGAAGCAAAUGAAAAAGGAGUCUGUAUUAUUACUGGAGAACGAUAAAAUGGACAAAAACAUGAAAGGAGUUGUGUCUCUUGCACAAACUUGCCCAAGAGAAUCACUCAUCUCCGGCUUUCCAACUGUUCCAAAACCCAGGAUAACUAAUGUUAUUGACAUGACAAAUAUGAUCAGUCUUUCAAGCUCAUGCUCAAAAGUGUUACAAAUACCAGGAUUUCCAUCAUCUCAUACUUUAAAAGAGUGGACAGUGAGCAGGAAACCACUAUUUGAACCAAGACUGAAAGAAAAGCAUGUGUCAUUGAUUGACAGUUGUGAAGAAGAUAAGAGAGCAAUGAAAACAAUGGUUUCUCUUGUAACAUCCUGUCCAAAAGAGGCGCAGACGCCAGGAUUUCCCUCUUGUCCAAGUUCCAGAACUGUGUAUAGUGCACCAAAUAUGAUCAGCCUUUUAACAUUGUGCCCGCAAGUUUCCAAAAUUCCUGGAUUCCCAUCAGUUGAUGGGGAUAUGAAUUUAGAAUGGGUUCAAGAAAAGGCGUCAUUGCUGAAGUGGCUACCAAAGAAGAGGGUCAUAUUUGACACAUCAAAUGACAACAAAAAGAUAAUGAAGAAUAUGGUUUCCUGUGUACCAUCCUGUCCUAAAGUGUCAAGUAUCCCUGGUUUCCCAUCUAUUCCAAAUCCCAAAAAGGUGUAUUAUGGCUUAAAUGUAGUCAACCUCCUUCCUUUGUGCCCCCUAGUUUCUAUCAUACCUGGAUUUCCAUCAGUUGAAGGGCACAAGGAAGAUGGAUGGGGUGCUGAACUUGGUUUAUUGAUGCACAGACCACAAAAGAACAUUCAGUUUAGGAUUAACAGCUCACCAAUUAAUAUAGACAAACCAAACAACAUGCUUGCUUUGGUUCCUUCUUGCCCAAGAUCAUCAAAGAUUCCAGGCUUCCCAUCCGUCCCUCGAUACAAUAUGCUGAGUCUUGUACCUGUUUGCUCCAAAGUAUCCAAUCUCCCUGGAUGUGCAUCCUUUGAAGGACCCUCAACAUUACAAUGGCUUUUUGAUUCACAUACUUUGUGUGAUAAGCCAUCAAAGGAGACCGUUUGUGUUAUACACAAUCCAAAUCAAGAUGGAGAAACUGCGAAGACAAUGUUGGCCUUAGUGCCAUCUUGCCCAGAAGCAUCCAGGAUCCCUGGGUUCCCCUCUGCACCUCGAAUUAAACCCAAGAUUGAACCCAAUAUGAUUCGUUUUGUACAUUGCUGCUCCAGUGCUUCAAGUCUCAAAGGAUUUGCAUCCAUGACUACAGUCCCAAGUACAGGGUGGCUAAAUGAAACAAAACCAAUAUUGAUAAAGCCUCAGGAGAAGAGGGCAGAAAUGAUUUUGUCACUUGCUGGACAGGACCAGCUAUCUUGCUACAACAUGAAAAGCAUGGUGGCAUUAGUGACAUCCUGCCCAAAAGAAGCCAGAGUAUGUGGUUUUCCUUCUGCUCAAGUUGUAAACAGACCGCCAAAUAUGGUCAGCUUAUACACAUCUGCUCCGUGUGUUUCAUGUAUCCCAGGUUUUCCAUCAGCAAGGAUGCUUAGCUUUGAAUGUACAAAUAUACAAACUAGGACAACACACAGCGAGUCCCUGUUUGAGAAGCUGCAGAAAGAGAAGGUUUUCAUCACUGCAAAAUUCUCAGCCAAAGAUAAACAUGAACAAGAUGAAAUGGAGCACAUGGUAGCAAUGGCUCCAUCAUGUCCACAUUUGACUCGAAUCUCUGGGCUUCCCAGCAUUUCACAACUGAAUCCAACAGAGGAAGAAACAAUGACGAUUCCCGUCCCUUCUUCUACUGAGAAGCAUACAUCACAAGAAUUGCCUCAUGCAGAGUCAACUCAGUCACAUCUCAAAGACCCAAGUAUGCCUGGUGUUCCCUCCACAUCUUUUAGCCUCCCCAGCACAGCACUUGCAUAUGAGGAGAAAUUCAAAGGCGGUGCAAAGCAAAACAUAAACCUUUGUGUAGAUAACGGCAAAUCACACAUAGAAAGGAUAGUAGCAGAGGAAACCCAAACAAAAGGGAAGAAACCAUUGGACAUAUCGGAACCAACAGGAGUCUUGGGUUGGGAAGUAUUGGAGGCAGAGGAAACAAUUACAGAAAAACAGGCAAAAUCCUCUUUGUCAGCAAAAGAGGAAGAGGCGUCAGGAUUAGUAAAGGCUAUUGUGGGUGUUUUCCACAAAGGGUUUCACUCACUCACUCCAGUAUCCAUGUCUCACAGUUAUGAAACAGUAGCAUCCAUUUUGGGGCCGUCUAGCUCUACCUUAGCUGAAGUGGAGCACCAACCCAAAGCUGCCUCUUCUAUGGAUCUGAAAGACAAGACACCGACGCCUUCAGAUGAGUUUUCAUCAGAUUUCGUGGACAACACUAUUCCCAUACAGACGAUAGAGGGCCAGUUUGAAGACAAUCACACCAAACAUAACAUUGAAUAUCCAACAAGUGCUGAGCCUUACAUGUUGGACUCUCCAUCAACAACUACUGACAAUGAUGACGGGUUUUUGGUUUGUGCAAGCAUGAAGAAAUGGCCACCACUGACAGAGGCAGAUAUCACUGAAAUAUCAAAGGAAGAUAGUGAACAAGUAGAGGAACAAGAGGCCUCUCUUGAUCAAUGGCAUACAAAGGAGAGAUCACUCACAGGGCAGGACUCUGGUCAAACAUCUGUGUACAUUGAAAGUUUGUUAGCAAGGCACCAGACUGAGAUAGAACAGGAUGAGGUUAGAACAGUGUCAACUUCUUCACAACUGGAUAAAGGCCCCCAACAAACAAACAUGGAAGGAAUUUCUGGCACUUCCCUGCAGCCUACAUCAAAUGAGUCACUGACAGACGCAAGUGUACAUAGAGAGAUACUCAUGGACAAACCCUCAGAUAUUCAGGACAUUAGUACAGUUGGACCACAAGCUGACAUUGCUGUCCCUCAGCGAGGCAGAAAGCCCAAAAGAAAAGUUCCUGAACCUCAACAGAAAAGGUGUGAUCAAGAAAAAGGCACUGUUCCAUUACGACCACUCAGACGGAAGGAUAGUUUGACACCAGACCGCAAACAUAAAUCUGAAGGUGUGUCGGUCAAGCUCCUUCCUGAGGUUGUUCGAGGCCAGUCUGAAAAGAAAGAUGCUGCUGUUGAGAUACAACCUGCCACUGCCCCAUCUUUCAGCAUAAAGACAGGAGACAGUAGCAUUCCUCUUGGUGUACCUCAGAAUGGUCAUGCCCAAGAAAGUGUUACUGCUCAAGUAACACCAUACACAAGUGACUAUGGACAAAAAGGAGAAGCUGAAUCUGUGCAAAUGUCCGUGAAUGUUGUCGCGCCUCCUCGUGUUAAAAGACGAGAUAGUAGUUUGCCACCUGAAACUCCACAGAAAGAUACCCCUUGCAAGCCUCAGAGGAGAAAAGGCAGUGUCACUAGAGAGAUAUCUGUUCGAAAAACUAAUGACCAACAGGAUUUGAAAGCCCAAGUCAGUUCUGCUUUGAAAACCACAGAUCCUGUUCCUGCUCAACCCUGUGAGAGAAGCCAUGGUGUUGCUGGUGCUCUUGAACCUUUACAGAGCAUUGAUAAACCCGGUCAAACAGCCACUGAAAUGAUCCCUUCACAACCUGUAGGAAGAAAAGACCAAACAACAAAACCAAAAUCUAAUGAAACAGAUUUUGUUGCAAGUGCCUCUCUACAUGCAGACACAGAACUGGUCUACUCAAAGGACACAGAGCAAACAUCUUGUACCUUGGAAUGGUCCAAGAAAGACAUUGAUACAUCUGUCCAGGCCUCUUCUCACGUAAUUCCUCCCUCGGAAACUAAGGGAAUCGAGAGCAUCACCCCAAAGCCAGCACCAGAGAUAUUUCAAGUUGAACAAACCGCUUCUCUCUCAAUCAUAAAGAAGAUACGUCUGCCACAACGUGGCAAGAGAUUGCCCUCAAGAAGAUCUGGCAAAAUCGACAGUGACAAGGAGUCUGUAAAACCAGUCCAGAUCGACAACACUGUUGUGGAACAAAUAAAGCAGUCAAUUAUUGCUGGCGACACAUCUGUUGAAACGAUCAACAUCACAUCUUCUCAGAAUUCAGAGGGUGUAUCAGAGAUAGCAGAAGCAGAGAAAGACAAACAAACAGCUCUUCAUAUCCCAAGGCAUCGUGUGAGAAAAGGUCUCAGUGGCUCCUUCCCAGAUGACGUUACAGCAAUGGCGAGCACGUCUAAACCUUCCCACGGAGAAGAGGCACAGGCAGCAAGGCAAGGUGGUCCUUUAUCCAUUUCCUCAACAACUAAAGAAUUGUCAAAGGUGCAACACAGCAAAGGCUCCCCCCCUCUUCCCAUGGGUGAUCAACCUUCUACAUCUACAGAAGAAGUGGCUCCUGUAAAGUUGAGAAGCAGAUUGACCAUUGAGAGCAGUGUUCAAGUAGAGGAGACACCAGGAGCUACAAGCUUGCCUGUACCAAAACCAAGAGCAAAGAAGCGCCUCAGUGGUUCGUUCCCAGAUGCCACUAUAAUUUCUGGCACGCCACCUCCCUGCCUGCCAGACACAGUAACUGACACCACUGGUGAGGAAUCAGUCCAACAGAACGAACAGUCAAGUUUGCCUGUUCCAUUGCCACGGGCCAAGAAACGUCUCAGUGCGACUUAUUCAGAUAGCACACCGCCUGUAGACAAUGCAUUCCCCCUAGAAAUGGAACUCUCUCAGAGAAACUCAGAGGAUACAUCUGCCACUAGGAAGGAAACUAAGGAAGGCUCAACAUCGCUGGAUUCAAGUAUGAUCUCUGAAGGAGGUUUCGUCACAAUCCAAGGAGAAGAUGAUGCUGCGUCAGAGUUGGAACGGGAAGUGCUAGAAGCAAUGGGAGAAGAAGAGUUUCCUCAGGAAGACUCUGUAGAAGAUACCGAGAAGGCACCAUCCAGAAUGGAUGAAAUCAUUGAAGGCUGGACCUUUACAGAAAAGCCUGUUGUCACAGAUGACUCAGAGAAGCCUGCAGAGGCAGUGUUUGAGCAAGCUGACAUUGAAAAAGUCCUGGGAGCAGAGGUUGAUAGGUGCCUUGCUUCCACUGUUGCAUCUUCUCAGGAUGACUGGCUGCAUGUAGAGGAUGAUAAAGACGGUGAACCAAUGGAAAUAAACUCAAGGAAGGAAAUGAGGGACGAAGAGUUGGACUUUGGCUUUGUGUCUGUAGAUGUAGAUGCUGGUGGUUUAGAGGAAGAAAGGCAAAAGUCACAAGUUGCUGGCCUCCACCAAGCCAAUGAACCAACCACACCUCAGAAAAGAACUGCAGAUGGGGCUGCCUCUCUGGAAUGCUUUUCGCCCACUCCAAGCUUAGUGACGUCCAGCCAGUCUCUACUGGACUGGUGUCAGGCAGUCACACAGGAUCACAAGGGAGUGAAGAUCACCAACUUCAGUACCUCCUGGAGGAACGGCCUUGCCUUUUGUGCCAUUUUGCAUCACUUCCAACCAGAAAAGAUUAAUUUUGAAAUGCUGGACCCGUAUGACAUCAAGCACAACAACAAAAAGGCCUUCGACGGCUUUGCCGAUCUUGGCAUUUCCAGGCUGAUGGAGCCUUCAGACAUGGUCAUGCUUGCGGUGCCUGACCGCCUCAUUGUCAUGACCUACCUCAACCAGAUCCGCACCCAUUUCACGGGCCAGCAGCUCAGCGUGCUUCACAUAGAGAGGAAUAACAGCGAGUCCAGCUAUGCACUAGCAAUGGACCGAGAGAGCCAAGACGACCCCGAGGCAACUGUUCGCUACUGCACCCAGAGGCUGCAGGAGGAGGGUAUCAGUCUAGACACUAAUGGGACUGCAGCCACAGCAGAGUCGGACAGUAACACAAGGGAUGUCGUUCCACCUCCCAGAACCAAACGGCCGCAGGUUGCUGGGGCAGGUGGGGCUCAGUUACCAGUGGUACCACCAAGGUCUCAUUUCCUGUCCAAGACUGGUUUCUCUCAUGUCAAAGAUGCUGAUCUGGUCAAGAAGCGUAGGUCACAGCGGAGGAGUGGGUCAGUAGACGAAGCAGAGAUAACGGUGGUCGUUGCAGGGCAAGAAGACAGUGUAAUCGCCCGGAGGAAGUCAGACACUGAGAGAACAGAGGCUGCGGUUGAGGAGGGAAGACCAGAAGGCCAGGACGCCAGCCAGUAUGUGCUGAGUCAGAUAGAAGCCCUGGAAGCGGAACAAAAUCAUAUUGAUAACAGAGCAGGUGUAGUGGAGAGGAAACUCAGACAACUACUGGAAACAGGCAGUGACAAGGUGGAGGAGGAGAGGUUGAUCCAGGAAUGGUUCACGCUGGUCAACAAGAAGAAUGCUUUAAUCAGGAGGCAGGACCAUCUGCAGCUACUGCUGGAGGAGCAAGACUUGGAAAGAAAAUUUGAGCUGUUAAACGAGGAGCUGAGGGACAUGAUGGCAAUUGAAGAGACCCAGAAGUCUCAGGCCCAUAUACACAGAGAGCAGCUGCUACUUCAGGAGCUGGUUUCACUGGUCAACCAGAGAGACGAACUGGUCCACAAUAUGGAUGCCAAAGAGAGAGGAGCUCUGGAGGAGGACGAGCGUCUGGAGCGAGGCCUGGAGCAGCGGAGGAGGAAGUAUUCUAAACAGCAGAAAGAGAAGUGUGUGAUGCAGUGAUUCUAUCAACCUCCAGCCACUAAACGCUGGGUCACCUAUCCGAGAGGAAGUGGGUGAAGACAUGUUUCACCUGCUGUCAGACUGAUUGGUUUUAAGACAGCGGUGAGAGGACAUUUAGACACAACUGCCCCCAAGGUGGGUACUUCUGAACCAAGAUGUGUUUCCAGUGGAGAAUCAGAUGACCCAAAGAGACACGUCAGCUGUGUUUAGGAUUCUGAAUCAACUUUCAUUUUCAUUUGCUUCCCCUUGUGAGAGUCUUAAAAUGUGGCGCUAGGCUCCGUUUUAUGACCAAGGGUCAAGGUAAUUGAAGUGGGCAUCCCACAAAUUAAAUUCAUUGUCCAUUUACCAACCGCUACAGGAUGUUCAGCACCCACUGAGCAGAGUUUGGACUGUUUGCUUUGCAGUUUCUGUGCUGUGUAUUUAGUGACUGUUAUUGUUACAGACUGUGACUGUGAAGUGCGUUUGAUUGAAAGUGUGUGUGGGACUGGAAAUGUUCGGUACAGAUAUGAGCUGCCAAAAACAGGAGAAGUAGGUUUGACCAGUGUUUGUUAAAGAGGACCUUUUGUUUGUUAUACUUUUUCCCCUUUCCUUUAGUGUGUUAUAUAAUUUUUUGUGCAUGGAAAAGGUCUGCAAAGUUACAAAGUCCAGCCAAAGGAAGUUCCUCUCCCUUCCUGAAAUGCCUUGAUAGAAGUCCCACCCCCUCUGCUGCUCUGAUUGGUCAGCUGGCCCACUGCUGUGAUUGGUCACAUACUCUUCAGAAUAGGCUCCAGCUCCGCUUUAACUAGCUUUGUUUGAGGGUGUGCCACACUGGCUGCUAGGGCAGGUAUUAUGCAAGUGUGUUACUUGGUGACAUCACAACGUUACAGAAGAAAAGGCGGGACUUCAAGCAAGGCACCAAAUGGAAGGUUCAAACACACUUUUACCAUUGCCUUAAACAUCCAUAUGGAUGUGUUUGGAUCUAUCGCCCCUAUCAGCAGGAUGACAUCUGGGUAAGGUUUGGUUAAGUUUAGGCUUAAAUACACUUGGUUAGGGUUAAGGAAAGAUUAUGGUUUGCGAUUGAAAAAAAAAAAGGACAUGAAGGGACAGUUCGCCUCCAAAUCAAAAAUACAUAUUUUGACUCAUACCUGUAGUGCUUGUGACCGUGCAAGAUGUACGCAUUAAUGGUGUCCUCCUUCUAUAUUGAUUCAACAAUCUAGAUUGAUGAAUAGCACUACAGGUGAGAGGAAAAAUAUGUUUUUUGAUUUUGGGGUGAAGUGUCCCUUUAAGAUUAUGGAAGGAUUGUGGUCAUGGUUAAAGCUGAUGUUCACCACAUCCAGCAAGCGAAUGUACAUCAACAAAUAUUGGUCUAGCCCGAGAGAGGAAACUACACUGUUUAAACAUAUAAUCAGUCACCACAGUUGCCUUACUGAAGGAUGAGCUACGUUAUAAAAUGACUGUUAAACUGGCCAAGUUUCACCUCAUGGUGGUGAUUCCACUGGAACUGUUGUGCCCUUGUUGUUUGGAUAUGAUUGUUAUUACAGUUUGGAAAAGAGAAGUAGUCUGAUUUUGGUGUUUGAGAUGUUUGAAAUGUUUACACAUCAUCUUGUAUGAUGGGAUAAAGGGGCAAGGAAAGCAGCCAUUUAAAAUAACUUAUUAGAUUAAUUUAAAGUUUUACUAUUUAUUCAAGACAUAUCAACUGGAGAAGCAGCAAGGUACAGUAUGUAUUUUAACCAAAGCUUACAGCCCCCAGUUUUCAUCUGUGUAGAGGACGUUCACACAGUACAGUAGCAUUGAUCCUCUCUAGAGACUUCAUUCAUAUUCAUGACAGUGACAUAGGAAUAUUUAUACUUUUCUUUUGCCACUGAUAAGGAAAAUGCUGUGAUAGGGUUUAAGUGUUUAAACACAUUCAAUGACUCCUGCCUUUUAUUUUGAAAAAUACUUUUACAUUAUGCAAAUGUAUGUUUUUUUAGGUAAAGAUGUGAAUGUUUCUUCAAAAUAAAAGCCAAAUCUAUGCUAUAGCUACAAUAUUAACAUAUUAGCGCUUCCAUCUGUUCCAAGAAUUAAAGGGUACUUCCUCCUUGUUUUUUGCACUGAAUAAGUUCUGUGUUUUUACUUCAGUACAAGGAUGUUCUGUAACAGUGACAAUUAUUUUGUGUUUAAAAAGUUUGCAGUUCUCAUCUUGACGUUUUUAUGUUAUAUUUGCACUAUUUGUAAAGUUUGGAAAAUACAAAAGAUUUAAAUGCC